ACGCGUCGGGAGACGACCGGGCGUCGCUGCCCGCCUCCUAUUGGGCCGCGGCGCUGUCGCUCAGGCUCAGUUCCUGCUUCCGUCCCGAUCCUCCUUUUCCGGUGAGGCUAGAGCAGAGCGAGACCCGGAACGUGGACAUCGGUUUUACUGUAUUCAUCGUGAAAACACCCCUGUUGCUAAGAUGGUCAACGUACCUAAAACCCGAAGGACUUUCUGUAAGAAGUGUGGAAAACAUCAGCCUCACAAAGUGACCCAGUAUAAGAAGGGCAAGGAUUCCCUCUAUGCCCAGGGAAAGAGGCGCUAUGAUCGGAAACAGAGUGGCUAUGGCGGGCAAACAAAGCCAAUUUUCCGGAAGAAGGCUAAAACCACAAAGAAGAUUGUGCUGAGGCUUGAAUGUGUUGAGCCCAACUGCAGAUCCAAGAGGAUGCUGGCAAUUAAGAGAUGCAAGCAUUUUGAACUUGGAGGAGAUAAGAAGAGAAAGGGCCAAGUGAUCCAGUUCUAAGCCUUGAGAAUUUUUCUCAUUCUAUAUUUGAGAGGAAGGUGUUGAAGCCAUAGGGGGAAAAAGAAUGCCUGUAUGAGAAUAAAUACAGUGAUAUCCUUACUGAAA